UUGAAAUGGUAUUUGAACAGUUAUCACAAUUAUCAUUGGAAAACCAGGAGGAACGACUGGAGAUUUCUCCAAUAACUCCUAAACUGAAUCGUCUUGGAGGGCGUAGUGCGACAGAAUCUCCUUUAAGUUCACGUCAUCCUACUGAAAAUACACCAGAUUCACCGCGUCGUCAUCGACGUCGAAAAGAGCCGACGUCGUUUAAUAUAUUGGUUAUUGGGUUCUGUGGGUCUGGAAAGACGAGUUUUGUUGAGUAUUUGUCUGAGCAGUUAAAUACUUUAAAGGAUCAACAGCAUUCGGCGAUGAAGGAAGAGGAAAAGCCAGAUUACUUAGAUAUGGGGUUUACAUGUUAUUAUGCUGAAGCGGAAAUAAAUGGUGAACGCAUUGGUGUAACUCUGUGGGAUAGUCGUGGGUUUGGUACGUCUAGAGAUUAUGAAAUUGUAAACCUUCAGAUGGAUGAGAUAAUAUUGUUUAUGGAAAGCAAAUUUGAAAAUACAUUUUCAGAGGAAACUAAGGUUAUACGGUCUCAUAAACAUAUAGAUACACAUAUUCAUUGUGUGCUUUAUUUGAUUGAUUCGACAUCUUCUUAUCUUUAUAAUGAUGUAUCACUAGAUUCUCUGGAUAUUUCUAUCAUACAAAAAUUAAGUAGAUAUACUACAGUUAUUCCUGUGAUAUCUAAAGUGGAUACAUGUACGAAGCGCCGUAUUGGGGAUAUAAAACUUGCAUGGAGAAAAGAAUUCGAGAAAAGCGAGAUAAAAAUUUUGGAAUUUCUCGGUAAUAAUGAAAGUCAUGAUGAUGUUUCUACAAGUGAGUCGACACAUAGUCGUGAAAAAGAUGAAAAUUAUGAUGAUAUUUACAAUUUGUUGCCAUUUGGUUGUAUGACACCCGACAGAGCGCAAAUUAUUCCUUUUUCCGCUGAAAAAGCAAUGAAAUUUGAUAUAUCUAGAGAAUAUUCUUGGGGAAAAGCAAAUCCGUUAGACGAAAAACAUUGUGAUUUUUCAAAGUUAAAAGAAAUGGUUUUGGGGGAAUGGAGAAAUGAAAUACGAGAUUUUUCUAAAGAAGUUUUAUAUGAAAAUUGGCGUACAGAUAGACUUGAGAAGUUGAGAAAUCUUUCAUCAAAAGAUAAUAAAAGUUGAGAAUUAGCUUUUUUAAAUAAUUCUUUAAAUAAUUGCUGUAUUUGAGUCAUUAAUAGAAAAUAAUAAUUUGCAC